GUCCAGUAAGGACUGGGGGAUCUCGGCAAGCAACAUGACUAAAAAGAAGCGGGAGAGUCUGGGCGUCGCUCUGGAGGAUACACCUGUGGGCCAGGCACGUGCCAUAUUCAGAGCUCUAGUUGUUCCAUUGUGAGCCCAUUUGGAGAGACAGUUGACGGGGGGUGGGGGUGGGGGCUAGUCUUCUCCACCCUCUACCUAUGCCUGGCCUAAAAGGGUCAGGACAGCUGAGACCCUGAACAAUAUCCAUGGUUCUGGUUGCAGGCAAGAUCGAUGGGCUAGAGGAGAAACUGUCCCAGUGUCAGAGAGAUCUGGAGGCUGUGAACUCCAGGCUCCACAGGGCGGAGCUGAGCCCAGAGGCCAGGAGGUCUCUAGAGAAGGAGAAAAACAGCCUGAUGAGCAAAGCCUCUAACUAUGGAGCUAAAAUUGCUUCGGCAAGAGAAUCGGAAGAAUAUGCUGCUCUCUGUGGCCAUCUUCAUCCUCCUGACCCUUGUCUAUGCCUACUGGACCACGUGAGCCUGGGAUUUCCCCACAGACAGUGCAGACUUCCCUUCGACCCUUUUGUUAGGACCAAGCAGGCCUUUCAACCCUCAAGAGGACCAAGGUGCUGGGGGCAUUUCCCCCUGCCUAGUUGUUCAAACAUGACUUCCUGUUGGCUCAGCCCCUUUUGCCUCCCUGGCCUGUUCUGAGGCCUGGGUCUCCAGAAGGACAUGGUGCUGGCUCCUCCAUAAGCCCAAGGGAGAGGCAAUAAAGAAUACCAGGCUG